UCGACCUCAAGGACAUGUUUGGUACGUAAAAGACUAAAAUGAAGAGAUAAGAUGUGGGAGUUAUCAGUUGAUCUCUUAAUUCGAAGAAGAAAUUUUGUGAAGAGGAUCGGAAAUCUACAAAUCUCCAAGUCCACCCAGGUUCAUCCCAUCCAUCACUUCUCUUUUUCUCUUCCACUAGCUUCAUCCCAUUCAUCGAUCUUCUGGUUUCCCAAGCAUUUUCCCAGAAAAUUUCAGUUUCAGGUUAUGAAGGUUGAAGCUGUAAAUUGCAACCACAUGGAUGGAACCAUUGCUUUAAUGCUCACAGAGGCUUUCUUAAUCAUAUUGGCUUUAUUAAUUUCCAAAGCUACCAGAUUCAUCUCUCCUUUGCUUUAUCGUAACCAACCUGUUGCUGUUGAUGACGGUAGUUCUAAAGAUGUUGUCAUUUCCACUCCAACAAUUUCUUCUCCUUUUGCUCAUAUUAUUGUUCCUACUCCAUCUACCAAGUAUGAUGUGUUCCUUAGCUUCAGAGGGGAAGACUCUCGCCAUAAUUUUGCAAGUUAUCUUUACAUAGAACUUAGAAAUGCAGGCAUUCACACUUUUAUGGAUCAUAAACUUGGCAAAGGAGGACAAAUUUCAUCAAUUCUUUUGAGAACAAUUGAGGAAUAAAAAAUAUCUAUCAUUAUCUUCUCAGAGGAUUAUGGUUCUUCAACAUGGUGUAUGGAUGAACUUGUUCACAUACUAGAAUGCAAGAAGAAAUUUGGAAGGGUUGUGACACCUAUUUUUUAUAACGUAGAUCCAUUAAAUAUACAAAAGACAACCAAAAAAAAUUACAAAAGUGGAGAAAUGCUUUGAUCGAAUCUACAAGUCUCUCUGGAUGGGAUUCCAACAGUAUCAGGUAGCUUCAUAAAUAUUCUCUUUAAUAUGUUGUUGGUUUUGGUUAUUUAUUUAAUUAAUCUCUAGGAUAUUUCUAUCAAAUUAUAUUGUACUCCCUUUGGUUCUUAAUAAAAUGAAAACUCUGAAAACUUUUUUUAAUUCCUAAUGUAACACAAAAUUAGAGUAAUUAUUUUUUUUCAAUUUUAUCUCUUGUUUAUUUAGCAUGGUUUGAAUUCCUAGACAAUAAUUUAUUAUAGUUAUUAAUUAUAAAAAAGAUAAAAUUAGAAGUUAUGUAUUUUUUUAACAAUUUUAAGGAUAUAAUUAUCAUUUCUUAAUAAGUGUAGAGUUAAUUAAAUUUGCAUUAGAUUAAGGAUUGGAGGGAGUAGUUUUUCCCCUACCUAUAUUUGAUAUGGCUUUUCUUUUAACUGACACACAUUUUUGUUAUAGACCUGAAUUCAAACUUGUUGAAGAGAUUGUGAAAGACAUUUUGAGCAAGUUGAACUAUAAGUCAUCAUCAUCUCAUCUUGAAGGACUUGUUGGCAUUGCUCAUCAAAUUGAAAAUGUUGAAAAACUUUUAAAAGAGGCUCGCAUUGUAGGAAUAUGGGGCAUGGGUAGUGCAGGUAAAACCACACUUGCCAAAGCUAUAUUUCGAGAGUUGAAAGCUCAAUUUGAUGCUUUCUCCUUUAUUGAAAAUGUCAAAGAGCAAUUAGAAAGAAUAAGUUUGGAUGAGUUACAGAAAAAUUGCCUCAAAGAAUUAUUAAAAGAUGAUGACAUUAACAUCAACGACAUAAAAUCCAUUUUUGUGAAAACUAGGCUUCAACGCAAAAAGAUUCUUCUUAUACUUGAUGAUGUGGAGAAUUCAAUAAUAGCUGACGAUUUAAACAAAGUAUGUGAUUGGUUUAGAGAAGGAAGUAGAAUUAUCAUCACAUCAAGAGACAAGCAAGUUCUUAAGAAUGCUUCUGCUUUUUCAAGAUAUCAUGUUCCGAGAUUGGAUUUUCAUGAUGCCCUUUUUCUCUUUAGUUUGAAAGCAUUUAAGCAAAAUGAGCCAUGUAAAGGCUAUAUAGAGCUAUCAAAAUCAGUAGUGCGUUAUUGUGAAGAAAAUCCAUUGGCCUUGGUUGUGUUGGGUUGUUUUCUAUAUGGUAGAGAAAAGAAAGAGUGGGAAAGUGCAUUGGAAAAACUAAAUCAAGCCCCUCCAAAGGACAUUGUUGAUGUUUUGAAAUUCAAUUUUGAUGGACUUGAUGACAUACAACAUAAUGUGUUUCUUGACUUGGUAUUUUUUAUCAUGGAAGGAGGUGAGUUUUUGAACCUCAUUAUAAGACAAUUAUAUGGCUCUUCUAUACAUGUUGAGAUAAGUGUUCUUACUGAAAGAUCCCUCAUUUCAUUCAAUGAUAAUGGCUGCAUUGGGAUGCACCAUCUUGUAUGGCAAAUGGGCCUUCAAAUUGCCAGACAACAGUCAUUCUCUAUUCCUAGAGCCUCUGUUAGACUCUGGAGGCACGAAGACAUUUAUGAUUUUUUCAUUCGUGAAAAGGGGAUUGAGGACAUUCGAUGCAUGUUAUUAGAUGCGAGCAAGAUAAAAAGAAUCACAUUGAGGGCCGGUGAUUUUGGAAAGAUGCAUAAUUUAAUAUUCCUUAAAGUUUACAAAUCUAAUCGGAGAAAGCCUUUGAAGUUGAACAUUUGUGGAGAUCUAAAUUAUCUUUCGGAAGAACUAAGGUUUCUAAAAUGGGAAGAAUACCCACUGCCAUAUGUGCCAUUAAAUUUUUGUGCGGAGAAUCUUGUUCAACUUUCAAUGCCUAAUAGUAAUAUCCAAAAACUCUUGAGUGGAGAUCAGCAUUUUCCAAAUUUAAGGGAAAUCAUUCUAGCAGGCUCAAAACCUCACUGCAUUCCCAGAUCUGCGUCACGCCCCAAAGAUUGAAUUCAUGAGUCUUGGUGGUUGUGUGAACUUGGGUCAAAUUCAUUCUUCAACUGUCCCAGGCAAGCUUGGCCAUUUAUGCAUAGAACAAAAUGGGCCAAUGCACAUAAAAGUUGGAGGCACUGGUAAAGGUACAAGUUCAGGACUAGUGACUGCGCACAAUUAUUUGGAUCUCCACAAGUUAUGAUUCAGCAAAGUCACAAUCAAGCUCUUCAUUUCCGACAAGAUCAUAUCCGGUGUUCGAUUCAAACACAUGGUAAUGCCAUUCCCAGAGAUUCAAAGCUUAGCUUCUUUUCUUCCAUUUGCUAAGACAUUUCACUGGUUAGAGAGUCCAAUUGAGUUUGAGGACGAUUUCAAGCAGCGUUACACAUACGAUCCUUUUUAUGCUUACUAUUAUCCUUGGGGCCCGGUUUUUCAAUUUGAUUUGAAUGUCAUGACAAGACAUGACGAUGUAGCAGAAAAAAGUGUGGUGUUUGCUGUCCUCUCUGUUGCCCCUGUAAUACCCAAAAUCUCAGCUCCAGAUCCGUUAAGUAUAAUGAAGAGGUGACAACAUUGGACGUCAACCAAGUGGAACAACGUUAUUGUUGCUGUUGUGAUGGUUCUACAUUCACGAGAGUUCCAAGCAUGAUGACUCGCUGGUCAUUGUUGACGCAAGUAAUAUUACACAAGAGUGAUAUUGUUGGAAAAGCAAGUUGCAGCAGUGUUAUUCAUGAAGUUUCAAUACUAAAGUCACUUGCAGUCAGUGAUUAUUACAAAAGGAUUCAACCUCACUUGGAUGUAACACUCUGUUUCUUGGCCAUUCCAGAAUCUGCUUUACGUGAUUUGUCUUUCUGGGUCCGUUAUUCCUUGGACUACAAGUCUGACCCUGGCUCUCACUGGUUUGGUUGUCAUGGUAGUGGUACUAAGACUUAUUCUAAUGCUGAGUUUGUCGUUGAGUAUGCAGAGUGGUAGCGAUUUUAUUGUUUAAAUUAGGAACUCAUUUAAGUAUUUGACUCUAGAAAUGGUACUAUCUUUCUAUGUGCUCAUUCACACUCUAGCUUUGUAUGGCCUUACUUGGUAUUUUCCUAUAGUCUUUUUUGACGUCUGUUGGCUGUCAUUCCAUCGCCUAGAUUCGAUUCUGUACUAUUGGGAACAGGGUGUGAACUUGGUAACAUUUUACA